AUGUCUCGUAAGCGCUCCUGCUCCAUGCAAAUCUUGAUAGCAGUCUUCGUUUCUUGCUCACUCUCCAUAGGAUUUGCAGCGAACUCCACUGACAUACUCUACGAGCUUUAUCCUCUCAUACGUGUGUACAAAAACGGCACAAUUUACAGAUUAAUGGGAACAGAAAGAGUUCCACCAUCAUUUGAUCCAACAACUGGUGUCAUAUCCAAAGAUAUUCAGAUUUCGCCCCAAUUCAGUAUAGCAGCUAGGGUUUACCUUCCUAAAAACACUGCCCACAAACUUCCUCUUCUCGUCUAUUUCCACGGCGGCGCUUUUUUCACGUAUUCCGCUUUCUCGCCGUUAUACCACAACCAUUUGAAUUCACUUGUUGCAAAAGCUAACGUUAUUGCAGUUUCAGUUGAAUACAGAUUGGCUCCUGAAUACCCCCUCCCAAUUGCUUAUGAAGAUUCAUGGCUUGCACUGAAUUGGGUUGUUUCUCACUUUAAAGGUAAUCGGUAUGAAGUAUGGCUUAAUAAUUAUGCUGAUUUUGGAAGAGUGUAUUUAGGUGGAGAUAGUGCCGGAGCCAAUAUUGUACACAACAUGGCUAUGCGGGUCGGGUUAGAAUGUCCAGAAUACCCCAUAAAACUCAGUGGGAUUUUUCUGAAUUGCCCAUAUUUCACAGGGAAGAACCCAAUCGGGAAUGAAAAUGGUAACCCUAUUAUGAGAAGUCUUGUUGCAAACAUUUGGCUACAUGCUUAUCCGAAUAGUACGGGUUUGGAUGACCCGUUGGUGAACCCAGCUAUGGAUUCGAAACUUUCGAAAUUAGGGUGCAAAAGGGUUUUGAUUUUUGUUGCUGGGAAAGAUUUUUUGAGAGACAGAGGUUUGUUUUACAAAGAGGCACUGUCCAAGAGUGGAUGGAGUGGUAAUGCAAAUGUUGUGGAGACUAAGGGGGAAGAUCAUGUCUUCAAUUUAUUAAACCCUACAAGCCCAAAGGCAAUUCGUAUCCUCAAAACAUUGGCCUCUUUUCUCAACCAUGCCAAAUAUUGA